UAAAUUACCAACAUGAACCCCCUGGGAAUGGUGAGUCUGGGCCUAAUCUUGUGCCUGAUCGCCUGUGCAUCGGCCAAGUUGGAGGAGAAGUUCUCGUGGAAGCAGCUGGCCUUCGAUUGGCCCACUCCGGAGGCCGAGGCGGAGGCCAAACGCAAUGGCCACUACAUCGAGGAGAACAAUUUGCCACUGGGCGUGGAGCGCUGGCAAAACAGAAUCUUUGUCACUGUGCCAAGAUGGAAGGCUGGAGUUGCUGCCACCCUCAACUAUAUCGAUCUCAAUUCGACGGAGAAGUCGCCCAAACUGCACCCGUAUCCCAGUUGGGAAGCCAACAAGCUGCCCAUCGAUGUGCAGCCGCAGGAUCAGAAGACGCCAUCGGGCGGAAGGUUGGAUGCUGACAAGGCUCAGGAUGCCGGCAUUCAGCUGAAGGACAACGCGACCAUUAUCUCCACCUUCCGCAUUCAAGUGGACGUCUGCGAUCGCCUGUGGGUUCUCGACACCGGUUUGGCCGACAUCCUGGGCAGUCCCAAGCAGAUUACACCAAAUUCCAUCCUGGUCUUUGACCUGAAAACGGAUACCUUGGUGCGACGUUUCACUAUUCCUGCCGAUCAGUCGAAGGAGGAUUCGUUCUUUGCAAAUAUUGUUGUGGAUGCCGAUCGCUCAGAGUGCCAGGAUUCCUUUGCCUAUAUUCCUGAUCUGGGUGCCUAUGGUGUGAUUGUCUACUCCCUGAGGAACGACAAAUCCUAUCGCGUCAAGCACAACUUCUUCCACUUCGAUCCGCUGCAGGGCGAUUUCAAUGUGGGCGGCGUAAACUUCCAGUGGACCGAUGGCGUCUUUGGCCUCGCCGUGGGACCCAUGAACCCGGAUCACUCGAAGGACAUCUACUUCCAUGCUUUGGCCAGCACCAAGGAGUUCAAGGUCUCCAACCGAGUGCUGCAAAACGAAUCGCAUGUGACCGGUGGCGAUUCGUACUAUGACUUUAAGUACGUCGGUGACCGUGGCAUGAAUGGUCAGUCCACCGCCGAGGUCUUUGAUCCCGAGACUGGGGUUAUUUUCUACACGCAAGUGAACAAAGACGCCAUUGCCUGCUGGAAUAUCAAGCGUCCCUACACUCCGGACACCCAGGGACUCAUCGAUUCCGAUUCGCACACUCUCGUCUUCCCGAACGACAUGAAGAUCGACAACGAAGGCACCAUUUGGGUGCUUUCCGACAAGAUGCCGACGUAUUUGUACAAGGAACUCGAUCCCUCGGCCGUCAAUUAUCGCAUUCUAACCGGCCAGAACCGCGAUCUCAUCAAGGGUACACCAUGCGAAAUGUGAUGCGGUGCAUUUUUGUGUAUUUACAUUAUGACAUUAUUGUUUGUUAGUAAGUCAGCUUAAUAAACUAUGUAUUUGAAAUGUG